AUGAUGAGUCGUGAUGAAAUCAAGAAAGAAGUGCAACGUGUUCUUAGUAACCUGGCCUGUAAAGUACGUUGCCCAAAAAACACCAGGGGAAGACGAGGGAGGCCUGGUGAAAGAGGUCCACCCGGGCCUCAGGGACCUCCAGGCCCUCAAGGCGAUCCGGGCCCUCAAGGUCCAAAGGGCGAUCCUGGUAAAACCAUCUCAGCUCCUUCUAUCGUAUCACCUCCCACGCCCACCGUGGUUAAUGAAACCGAUGUAGCCUCAUUUCAGUGCAAGGCUAGGGGAAAUCCCAAGCCUCAGAUCACGUGGCUGAAACAGAACUCCAGUCUUCCUGCUAACAAACGAAUCGUACAGUCACGUGGUACCCUGAUGAUAAGGGAUGUGACGCCACAAGAUGGCGGAAUGUACACGUGCCAAGCGAAGAAUUUACUCGGAGUUGUAACAUCGUCAGCCAUAUUAACUGUUCAAGGUAAAUAA